GUAUGAGCCUUACGAAUGCCCCAGCCACUUUUCAAGCGGCUAUGACAACGGAGUUCCGACACAUGCUGGAUCGUUUUGUACUUAUCUACCUCGACGACAUUCUGGUUUACAGCCGGAGUCUGGGCGAGCAUGUGGAACACAUGCGCACCGUUUUGGAGUGGCUACGACAGGCCAAGUACAAAGCAAACUGCGACAAAUGCGAGUUUGCACAGCAGGAGCUGGAGUACUUGGGACACUAUGUGACGCCGCAAGGCAUCCGUCCGCUUGCGGACAAGAUCGAGGCCCUACGAGUAUGGCUUGAGCCCACCAACACCACGAACGUUCGUUCAUUCAUGGGGUUGGCGGGCUACUAUCAGCGAUUCAUCACCGGAUACUCCAGGAUUGCUGCACCUAUGAUGAGGUUACAGUCCCCAAAGGUGCCAUUCGUAUUCGAUGACGACGCACGCCGGUCAUUCCAAGCACUUAAGACGGCUAUGCUCAUGGCACCCGUCCUUGGCAUCUAUGACCCCACCCUGCUGACGCGAGCGACUACGGACGCUUCCGGCUAUGGCAUUGGGGCAGUCUUGGAACAGCAUGACGGCGAUGUGGAGUAUUUCAGCCACAAAGUGCCUCCCAUCAACUCGCUUGAUGAUGCAAGGAAAAAGGAGCUGCUCGCAUUCGUGAUGGCUCUCAAGCGUUGGCGGCACUUCCUCCUUGGGCGUCGUAGGUUCACAUGGGUCACAGACAACAAUCCAUUGACCUACUACAAGACGCAGGACACGGUGAGCAGCACGAUCGGACGAUGGAUGUACUUCAUCAACCAAUUUGACUUCACACCGAAACAUGUCCCCGACCUCUCCAAUCGCGCAGCGGAUGCACUCUCGCGAAGACCUGAUCUUUGCGCUAUGUCACAUCAUGCCUUCGCAUUCGACGAGGAGCUUCAGUGGCACUUCAUCCGGGCAUAUCAGUCUGAUCCAGACUUCGGCACGCUCUAUGCACAACUAUCUUCGGAUCACCCGUCGGCCAGCCAUUAUCGCAUUGCCGACGAGUACUUGCUCCUUCACUUGAGAGGCAAGGACUUACUAUGUGUCCCACGCAACCGUCGUCUUCGGACUCGCCUCCUCGGCGAGUAUCAUGAUUCACGACUCGCCGACCAUUUCAGAGUCAACCGCACUAUUGCACGGCUUCGACAGCGAUUCCGAUGGCCCGACCUCAUUACCAAUGUCACUCGGUACUGCGACUCUUGCGAAGUUUGCCGACGCAGCAAGCCCCGCAACCGCAAUCCCUACGGCGAGUUACACCCGAUGCCUAUCCCACGGGAACCCGGUCUCUCCAUUGCCAUGGACAUCACCGGUCCGUUUCCUCGCGACCGGCUCGGGCACGACGGCAUCCUCGCGGUUGUGGACCGAUUGAGUAAGUACGCGCGUUUUCUCCCUUGCAAGUACUACUCCACGGCUCCCGAGCUGGCACGCCUCCUGCACACUGGUUGGAUUUGUGGCCACGGUGUACCAAAAGACAUUAUCAGCGACCGUGAGACUCGUUUCAUGUCGGCGUUUUGGACUGCUCUCAUGCAGGUGUCCGGCACAACAAUGAAACCAAGUUCGGCUCGACAUCCUCAGACAGACRGGCAGACGGAGCGGGCACAUCAGACCGCUCAAAUGAUGCUUCGUACGCUCAUCCGUCCGGACCAGAAAGAUUGGGUUGACCGCCUCCCCGACAUCGAGUUCACCUACAACACUUCGGUGCAUCCGGUGAUCGGCGUGACUCCAUUCGAGUUGCACCACGGUGGACGGAAAGGCCGGAUCUUCGCAGACCUUCUCCUCCCUCGACCAGCCGACAUUGACGCUGCGUGCUCUCCCGCUUCCGUCCGGAAGUACAGGGAAUUGCUGACUCAAGCCCGCACAAAUAUGCAAAAGGCUCAAGUCCACAUGCAGCAGCAAGCCAACAGGCGUCGCAUACCAUGUCCCAUCCGCGCCGGUGAUCUGGUUUGGGUCUCUGCGGAAGAGUUUGCACUGGAACAGGAUGUUUCACGCAAACUGCUUCCCAAGUGGUUUGGACCUUGGUCUGUGACAGCAGCUGCGGGCGAUGARCCCGAUGGCCCUUCAUUUGUGAUCAACAUUCCAGAGCAUCUGACGGUCYAUCCRGUCUUCCACGCCUCGAAGCUGGCAACAUACACGCCAGCCAAGAGCGACGACUUUCCGGACCGACGAUCGCAGGACCCUCCUUCUAUGGAUGGCCAUCAGGAAGCUGACCGCGUCAUCUCCGAUCGCAAGUACGGCAGCAAGCCGCGGCAGUACAAAGUCACAUUCAAAGCAUGCGAUCGCGACGACACUCGGUGGAUUUCAGGCGCAGAUUUGAAAGCAUCCGCACCGCUGAUCUACGCGCAUUAUGAAAAGCGCAGGUUAGCUCAGGAAGCUUCACGACCAGCCCCUCCCACCCGGACUGUGGUCCCUCCCUCAGACAGACAGCUUCGCCCUCGCAGGCGCUAUAGCGAAUGUGCACUUAACUGUGAUGGUGAAUGCCCCACAAUCGUCAUGGCCUGCAACCGGCAUGCCCUCUGUCGUGCAUGCUUCAGAGGUCGCUGCAUCAGGCAUCGCUUUGAUUACGGUGCUGUCAUCCUUCUUGAUGAGAGAUUUAGGGGUACUGCACAAAAGCAAUUAUCCAAAUGGCUCCGGGACUCCCUGAAAGAGUAUGAAUCGUUUGACGACUCCAUCGAUGACCUCAAGAUGUUCUUCCAAAGACUUCAGGCUUCACCACCAAGACAGAAUAUUGUCAGAGAUCGCAGAGCAAGCUUGGGAUCAGACUCGGCUGCAUGUACAGCUGGAGACGACCAGACGCCUGCAAGUCAUUCUGCUGGGGAAGUCAACCCAACUUGCAGUGCAGCUCCAGCAGGUGAUUCUGCCACGGAGACAUAUAGCAAACAAGAACUGGGACAGGUGGAGAUAUGGACGUGAAUGUGCAGAAGUGCCAGACUGUAGCAUGUGCAAGGAAGUCGGCAGUGACUAAGUGCCAUUGUAACAAAUGUCCCAUCUUGAG